GGCCAAUUAAAAAGGGUGAGGUUAGUCAACAUUUAUUUCCCAUUGACUUAGCUUCAAAGUAAUAGAUAUUAGAUAAUAGAUAUUAUUAGAUAGUAGUAGUACACCAUAACCAUUUCAAACAGCACAUUCCCAGCUAUGCAUAAUGACCCUUUUAACCACCAACCAUAAACUCACACACACAGUUAACACACUAGAUUUCAACAAUCUACACACAGUCACACACAUCUUAUUUACACAUACAUAUAUACACAUUUCACGCACUCAUUAUAUAUAAUCACACCCUCUCUUAAACUUUGUUUAGAAAUUCAACAACCCAAAAAUGAGUUGCUUUUUUUAAUUUAUUUUUUGAACCAAAUUAGUCUCUCUCUCUCUCCCACUCUUGUGUCUUUUUCUCUAUAGGAAUCCCUCAGUUUCAGAGCUCUCUCUCUCUCUCUCUUCAUUUCUUGAUUCUCUCUACAUGUAUGUAUAUAUAAUAAUAAAAUAAAAGAAAUAAAGCCGAAAAGUUUGGUUCGAUGCGUCGUUUUCUGAUAGUCUCUGUGCUGUAGUUAAUUGUUGAUUAAUGGGGAUUAAAAAUUUGGUUAUUCUGUGAUGCGAGAGGCGUAGCGAUUGAUUGAUUGAUUGAAAGUAGUGGAAGAAAAGGCGCAUCGAUGCGGGUGAGGGAGAUGCACCCGCUUUGCUGCAUAACGCUCGAGAGUUCCGGGAUCGGAGAUGGGUCGCCGGAGCCGACGCUAUUGAGAACUGGGUCGGCGGUGAAUUUCUCCGGCGGUGGAUCUGAAGUCAAUGCGGGAGGAUCUGACGUCAGCACCAGCGGUGGUGGUAGUAGCAGCAGCAGCAGCGUGGCCGGGAUCCUUUACAAGUGGACUAACUUCGGCAAGGGUUGGCGAUCUCGGUGGUUCACAUUGAGAAGCAACGGCGUCCUCUCGUACUCGAAGAGCCGCCGUCCCCCCGACGCCCAGCCACCGCCGGGGAGCGACGUGGUCCUGAUCGGGUCAACCUCAGCCAACCGCCGCAGCAGCGGCAGGAAACACACCAAAACUGUCGGCAUUGUCCAUUUAAAGAUCUCAUCGUUCCGGGAGAGCAAGUCAGAUGAGAGGAGAUUCUACAUAUUUACAGCGACAAAGACACUUCAUUUGAGGACAAAUUCGAGGAAAGAAAGAGUGGCUUGGAUAGAGGCUUUGGUAUCAACUAGAAUCCACAAUAACACACCUAUUCCUAUUCUAACUAGGGAGCUUUCUGUUUCUACUCAAAGGCUGAAGCAGCGGUUGCUUGAUGAAGGAAUUUCUGACUCUCUUGUUAGUGACUGUGAGCAGAUUAUGCUCUCUGAAUUUUCUGGUGUUCAAGGCCAAUUUCAUCUUCUCUGCCAAGACCGCUCCAAUUUGUUGGAUACUCUCAGACAAUUAGAGGCAGCGAAUAUUGAAGCUGAAACCUCCGGAAUUAAUGAUGCUGGAUAUAAUUUGAUGAAGCACGAGUACACAAAUAUUGGCCGCAGAAAAUACAGUGAAUGGAGCACGACUGAAUCAUCAGACGAUGUGGAAAAGCAAGAGCUGGAGGAAGCAUCGGAUGAAGAGGAAAUACACUACUUUGACACAAAUGAAUACUUUUCCGAACCAACAAUCGCUUCUUCUGGAUCAGUAGUACGACAAAAUCACAUGGAUGAUAAUAUAAAUAAUAAUAAUGAUAAUGAUAAUGAUAAUAAUAAUAAUACAGAUGGAAAAGAAAAGAUAUUCGAGUGUAGAUACCCGUAUGUUGAAAGAAGAAAGAAGUUACCAGAUCCAGUUGAGAAGGAGAAAGGUGUGAGUUUAUGGUCCAUGAUAAAGGACAACAUCGGAAAGGAUCUGACACGAGUUUGCUUGCCCGUGUUUUUCAACGAGCCGAUUUCAUCUUUGCAAAAAUGUUUCGAAGACUUGGAGUAUUCUCAUCUAUUGGAUCAGGCCUACGAGCAUGGGAAAGCGGGGAACAGUCUAAUGAGGAUUUUGAAUGUUGCUGCUUUUGCUGUGUCUGGAUACGCUUCAUCCGAAGGCCGCCUCUGUAAACCCUUCAAUCCUUUGCUCGGUGAAACUUACGAAGCUGAUUAUCCCGAGAAAGGAAUUCGAUUCUUCUCCGAAAAGGUCAGUCACCAUCCUACACUGAUUGCUUGUCACUGUGAAGGAAAAGGGUGGAAAUUCUGGUGUGACACUAACCUUAAAUCAAAAUUUUGGGGGAGAUCAAUUCAAAUAGAUCCAGUCGGAACUCUUAAUUUAGAGUUCGAUGACGGGGAGAUCUUCCAGUGGAGCAAGGUCACGACGAGCAUAUAUAAUCUAAUACUUGGUAAUAUAUAUUGCGACCACCACGGUACAAUGCACAUACAAGGUAACCGCCAAUACUCUUGCAAACUCAAGUUCAAGGAGCAGUCUAUUCUCGAUCGCAACCCUCAUCAGGUUAAUGGAUUUGUUGAAGAUUCGACGGGGAAAAAAGUAGCUCAAUUAUUUGGAAAGUGGGAUGAUAGCAUGUAUUUUGUAAAUGGAGAUGGAAGUAGCAAUGCAAAAGAUAGGUCCGAUUCAUCAUCUUUAUUGUGGAAAAGGAAUAAACCACCUCCCGACCUUACUCGCUAUAAUUUAACUUCGUUCGCUAUUACGUUGAACGAAUUAACACCAGGACUCGAGGAGAAGCUGCCACCUACAGAUUCAAGACUGAGACCAGACCAACGUCAUCUUGAGAAUGGUGAAUUUGACAAGGCAAAUGUCGAGAAGCUUCGACUCGAAACACGUCAGAGAAUGUCUCGGAAAAUGCAAGAACAUGGCUGGAGACCAAGAUGGUUCGAAAGAGAGGGUGAAGAAGGACCAUUCCAUUACAUUGGCGGUUAUUGGGAAGCUCGAGAACACGGAAAGUGGGACGGAUCUCCUAAUAUUUUUGGUGAGAUUAGUGAAGACCUCGUCAAUUCCGUUCAAGCUUCAUGACCUUAAAUAGGACGGAGCAUCGCCUCGAGGAUUGCUAGCAGCUAUUCUGUAAAACAAUCAUGGAUCUAAAUGAUUCAUUAUCCCUUCCAGCAAGAUUUUAUCAUUCGAAAAAUUUAAAACCGGAGGAGAUUUGUAUUCUACAUAAUCUGUCCAUCUUUAGAUAGCAGGAGAAAAAAAAAAAAAAAAGCACAUAAAAUACCUUCCAGCGUCACGAUAUCGCCCAUUCAUUCAAGUUCCCAGUGUCCGUAGCUGUGAGCUAAGUUUUCAGUCAUAGGCUCAGUUAUUUGUUAUUUUUAUUCAAAAUAAACAUAUAACUCUAUGUAUAAUGUAAUAUACAGGCCUCAAUAAUAUCAAUCUAUGAACCCUUUUUGCCUGUGGAUC